CUGAAUUUUGUAUUUUACUUCUUUGUGAUGCCUUAAAUGAGACUUAAGGUCAGGAUUCACUAUUCCUUUCAAAUCUAUAUUUAAAAGUUAAAAACAUGUCAACUGAGAUAAAUGGACAUUUACAUAGACACAUUGUGUGCCUUCUUUGUUCGACUUUGGUGGUGUUUCCUAAUUUAUAUUCCCUUCCCAGAAGAAAGUUCAUCUGAAUCAUCAUCAUCGUCGUCGUCAGAGGGAGAAGAAGAAGAAGGAGAAGAAGAAGAAGCAGCAGCGGCAGCAGAAGGAGGAGAAGAAGAAAUAGUGUAAUAAACAUGGCUUUCUGCCCUUCACUAUCUUCAAAGAAGACUUCAAUUUGUUAUCUCUGGGAGAUUGAGGGCAUAAUUAACUAUUGUAAUAGACGUUGUUUCCUAUAUGCAUUUUGAAUUAAAAAAACUAUUUCUUUCUUUAUAUUUGCACAUUUCAGUUGAUGAAUUGCAAUAUAAUAAAUAAAUUUAGCAACGGGCGGGGAAGAUAUCUGCUAAUUAUACCAUUCAAAAUUUGCAUUGUUAGUCAAGCAUCGUCAGAUGUAACUGGAUUUAUGUUGGUUAUAUUUAUAGUUAAUCAACCUCCAAGCAUACUUAAGGCUUAAUAUUAUUCCAUCUUAAUAGGAUAUUAAUGUUCCAAAUCUUUAAUAUAAUAAUGUCAAAACUUUGUUAUCUCAAUAUUCUGCUUAGUAAAAUGAAACUGUGAGUGAACGGACAUAGUAUUGAAGUGUAGGUAAUUUGAUGUUUCAAAACAGUGAGAAACUGGUAGUAAUGUUACAACUUUGAAACGGCUACUAGAUAUAUGUAUAAACCAUGAGAAUUUGAUAAAGCAAAUUCAUGCUCAAUCCAUCACAUUGGGUCUCUUAACCCAAUCUCAUCAAUCUUUUGCCUGCAAAUUGCUUAACAUAUAUGCCAAACUGAACAAACCAGUUGCUGCCCAUUAGGUGUUUGAUCAAAUUCCCCAACCAGAUAUUGUCUCCUGGAGUUGUCUUUUGUCUCUGUAUUUGCAAUUACAACAGCCCACUAAAGCGUUUUAUCUGUUCACUAGCUUACUGGUUUCAACUUCUUUAAAACCUGAUUCGCAUUCCAUUGUUGCAGCACUCUCAGCUUGUGCCCGCACGGGAGACCUGUGUAAUGGCAAAACGGUGCAUGCUAUGGUCUAUAAAUUUCUUAAUCGACCUGAACCUAUUGUGGAUAAUGCUCUGAUCGAUAUGUAUAAGCCGCACGGAGAGAAUCUUGUUGGUUCGACGUGUAUUCGAUAGUAUGCAUGUUAAGGAUAUAGCUACUUGGACUAGUUUGCUCAAUGGGUUUGUAGUUUCUGGGGAAAUCGAGUCUGCUUGGAAGUUGUUUGAGGAAAUGUCCUACAGGAAUGCCAUCUCGUGGACUGUGAUGAUUGUGGGAUGUGUACGUGGUAAAGAACCGGUUUGGGCAUUGGAACUGUUUAAGAGAAUGAGGGAGGAAGGUGAUGAUAGCCUGACCUCAAUUACAAUAGUUGCUGUGUUAUCUGGUUGUGCUGAUAUUGGAGCUCUGGAUUUUGGAAGGUCUAUUCAUGGAUAUGUAAACAAUACCAGCUGGUUCUGCUAUGGAUGUUGGCGUAAAUAAUGCCCUGAUUGAUAUGUAUGCUAAAAGUGGGGAUCUUGAUUUUGCUAUGAUGAUUUUUAGGGGAAUGAUAAAGAAGGAUGCUUUCUCGUGGACUAGUAUGAUUUUAGGAUUGGCACUUCACAGUAGAGGAAGAAAUGCCCUCGAGUUUUUUGAUGAGAUGUUGGAAUCUGGUGUGACUGCAAAUGAGAUUACUUACCUCUCAGUUCUAUCUGCUUGUAGCCAUGCUGGAUUAGUUAACAAGGGCAAAGAAUUAUUCAACCGGCUGAAGAAUGAUGUUAGUUGUGCAACUAAGAUAGAACAUUAUGGAUGUCUGGUGGACCUCCUUGGCCGUGCUGGUCAUUUGGAUGAAGCAGUGCGGUUAAUUCAACAAAUGCCAAUGAAACCAGAUGCUGUCAUAUGGAGAUCACUUCUGAGUGCUUCUGUCAUGAAUAGAAAUUUGGAAUUAGCUGAAAUGGCUGCCGGGAAAGCACUUGAACUAGAACCUCACGAUGACGGGGUGUAUGUACUACUAUGGAAUUUGUACAACUCUGGUAAUAUGUUGGAACAUGCUUCCAGGACUGUGAAGAUGAUGAGAGAUCAAAGAAUCAAGAAAAAGCCUGGUUGUAGUUGGAUUGAAAUUAACGGAAUUCUUCAUGAAUUUAUGGCCGAACCUUCCAGACAACAUGUCUAUGAUGGUAUUUACAGGGUGUUAGAUACAAUUCUAAAGCAAUCAAAACUUUUUGCAGAAGCUCUUGAAAAAGUCACAAACUUCUGGUGCAAGGUAAGGACAUAUCAACUAAUCUUUUUCUUAAUCAAGAGUUGGGCUGACUAACCAGAACUGUUCUAUUUGAGUCAACUCCCCAUCUUUUCUCUGUAAAUUCACUGAUUCAAUAUAGGAUAUACUGGAGUUCCUAUAUUUCUCAUUCCACAUGAAAGACCCCUUUCUCACAUCAGGGGAUGGAUCCUUUGGUCUUCUUAUAUGGACUUGGGAAAUGUUCCCCGCUUUUGAGGUUGAGUUAGCCCUGGUGCGCUAUAUCUAUCACCCCUGUCAUAUAUUUGAUGCAGCACUUGUUCGAACAGAUGUAAUCGUAAUUAUAUUCUAAUAUUUUCUUGAAGAUUAGGCACUUUCUACUCCUCAA